AGUACGAAGAAAGUAACAGAUUUACGCAGAGGAUAAAAUUAAAGAGGGGAUUCCGCCGACCCUCAUUUGUAAGUUGUAGGUUCAAUUGAGCGAAGAAAGCAGGGUAGUUCCGUUGCGAGAAGAGUAAAGUAAUAAUAGUUUGGUCUCGCGUAGUUCAAUCGAAUCAUUCCCAUGGCUUCCUCCUCCGGGAACGAGAAGAAGACAUUAGGGUUUAUGCGGCACGCGAUGAAACGCAAGGACAGCUUCAUUCAACUAUUCGCCAUGACCGGAAUCCUCCUCUUAAGCAUGAGAUCUUUGGGCCAAAAGUACAAAAUCCACUCCCUCGAAGAAGACAUUCACACCCUCAGCCUCGACCACGCUUCCCUCACCGACCGCAUCAAUAACAUCAAGCGCGACCUCCUUCGAGAAGCUUCUCAAGACUCCACCGGCCUCUUCGCUUCUCGCCUCCGCCACCUCUUUUCCGAAUAGCUUUGAUUCUUUCCCUCUCCUCGUGAGUUUUUUUUUUCAUGUUUCUCAAUCUCUGAAGAAAUGGUUGUAAGCUUUGAGAAAUUAUAUAUCUCUUUUGCCUCUUUAAUUGUUCCUCUGCUGAUAGAAAACAAAUAAACUAGACUCGUGAAUAAUACAGUAUUUGAGGAUGUUUGUUACUUUUUUCUAGUAAUAUAUUUGGUCUGAUUAUUAGCAUGAAA